UCUAAUGUGUCAACAACUUUCAGAUUACGUGGUUGGCAGCUAUACAAAAUGUGUGAAUAAACGUCGCUAUAUAUCGUGGACACUUGGAGAAAUACCUGCACCCAUUGAUCACAUUCAAUGCAGUCGCCAUUCUGUCAAGAUGGCAAAAACUCAGGUUUACUGUGGAAUGUUUGUGCAUUCAACGAAGAAAGAUUACAUGAGGAUAUUGCAAAACCAUGCGAUCGGAGUGAAAGAAGGAAAGAUUGUUUUUGUUGAAGAAAUGAUUAAAUUUCAACUGAAAGCAAACGAAAAGGAACAUGAAGUGAUCAAACUGAACAAUAACGAGUUCCUGAUGCCAGGGAUGAUUGACACACAUAUACACGCCCCCCAGUACCCUAACGCCGGGAAAGGAUUGGACCAAGGUCUGCUGGAAUGGCUCAACAAGUACACGUUUCCUACUGAGGCCAAGUUCAAAGAGCUGGAGUUUGCUAAAAACACGUACCGAAAAAUUGUUAGGCGAACGUUAGAGAACGGUACGACUACUGCCAGUUAUUAUGGGACUAUUCAUAUCGACGCCUGUCUGGCACUGUGUGAUAUCAUAGAGGAGAAUGGUCAACGAGCGUUGGUGGGAAAAGUGAACAUGAAUGCCAACUCCCCCGACUACUACAUAGAGGAGUCGGUGGACGUGUCCGUGUCGGAAACAAAGAAGUUUGUUGACGAAGUCUUACAGAAAAAGUACCCCCGGGUUUUGCCCAUUAUCACCCCACGGUUCGCCAUCAGCUGUAGUCAGCAGUUAAUGGACGCGCUAGGUCUACUUGCCAUCGAGAAAGAUCUACAUGUUCAGACACACAUCUCUGAGACCGAGGACGAAUGUGAGAUGGUGGGUAAACUGUACCCGGAGUGUGAGGACUACCUGGACGUAUACGACAAGGCCGGGCUAAUCCGAAACAAGACUGUACUAGGCCAUGGUAUCUACUUGUCUGACAAGGAGAGAAAGAAGAUCAAACAGAAAGGCGCCUCCAUUUCUCACUGCCCAAACUCCAAUUUGUCCAUACGGAGUGGCAUCUUUAACGCCCGACAAUGUCUUUCAGAAGGGAUCAAAGUAGGACUCGGCACAGACGUGUCGGGUGGAUACAGCCCCUCUAUGAUGGACGCUAUGAGGACCGCUAUACACGUGUCCAACAUGUUGACCAUCAAGGACCGCACCCACAAACCUAUCACCCACAGGGAAGUGUUCAUGAUGGCCACUUACGGCGGAAGUCAAGCCCUAGCUAUAGACCAUCUGGUGGGUAACUUUGAGGUGGGUAAGGAGUUUGACGCCCUGCUGGUGUCUCUGGACUGUCCCGGCUCUCAGGUGGACAUCUUUGAUGACGACACCCCAGAGGAUCUCGUGCAGAAAUUCAUUUUCCUGGGUGAUAACAGAAAUAUACAAAAGGUGUUCGUAAACGGAGAAGAUGUUCUACAACGAAAGGUGCCAGAUGUAUGUCCGAAAGCUUAAUAAAAUAGAUAUUCGAUAGGACCUUUAAACAUUUCUAAACAUGCUACGAGUGUAGGUUAAAUAAUCAUGGUCUGAUAAUACAUAGUAAAACAGGUAACUGAAUGAUAAUUAUGAUUCUAAAAAUUAUGAUUUUUUUUAUGACAAACCAUGGAUUUAAAAAAAAAAAUAUUUAUAUAUUUCAUUUUUUUUGCGAUGCCAAAAUGAAUAACUCGCCUGUUUUGAUUAUUUCUAAUUUAAAGUAUAACGUGUAUUAAAUUUAUGAUUUCUUACCUGGUUUUUUUUUUUCAUCGAAUGAGUUGAAUGUGAAAAAUUUGUUGCUUGUGUAGAUAUGUAUAUGAUAGAGACAUUUUUCAUGCUGUGCAUAAUCGUUUUAUGAAUAAUCUCAGUGUUGUUUAACAGUUUUCUAAUUUUAGAGAGCUUUACAUUUUUUAUGAUGGUUUUUUUAUUUAUUUAGUGUCAGAAAGGAUAGCUUCCAUAUUGUGAUAUAGAAGAUGUUUUAAUUACUCUACUUAAUUAUUAAAAUGCAGAAUAUUUUCUGUCUUUAUUCGCCAAAAUUUAAGAUGAAGCUAUCAUAUGUAAAUAUGGUAAUCUUGACAUUGUACAUUAAAAUUAUGAUUUAGAUUUUUCAUUUCAUUGUUUAAAAGAAAGUUAUUAAAUUACUCAGACCUUCAAUAUAUUUUGGACAUAUUAACAUAUACGGUUUGUUUUCAUGACUACCGGUACAUACAUGUAUAUUCAUUAAUGCAUGAGUUAUAUAACGAGAACAUAUUUACAUGUAUAUUAACAGAAUAAAAUGACAAUACGGUGUGUAAGAUACAAAUGUAAUUUAGUGAUCCAGGCAUCUUGUUGUUCAAUAUAUUUUAAAAAGUUUAUGAUAAUAAUGCAAUCAGCAUUAUGAAAAUUGUGUUAACGUUGUAUUUUGAAAUAAAUUUAUCAAACCA